AGAAUGAGCUGCCAGUGUCCACUGACAACGGCGCCGGGUCCCACCCUGGCGUCGACCUGCGGUGGGCCUUCGUUUAUGCUAUUUAUGGGACUCCUCGAGGUCUUCCUGCGGAGCCAGUGUGACCUCGAGGACCCCUGCAACCGGCCGCAGCCGCCGCCUCGUGUCGACUUAAGUUAUGAUUUUGUUGUCAUUGGGGGAGGAAGUGGAGGUGCCACGGUGGCAGCUAGACUCUCGGAGGAGCCGAGUUUUUCAGUUUUAUUGGUGGAGGCAGGCAUGGAUGAGCCCACUGGUACGCAGAUUCCCUCAUUUUUCUUCAAUUUUUUGGGAAGCGACAUCGAUUGGAAGUACAAUACCGAGCCCGAGGAGGAGGCGUGCCUCAAUAAAGAGAACAGAAAGUGUUACUGGCCGAGGGGAAAGGUUCUUGGUGGAACCAGUGUAAUGAACGGAAUGACGUACAUGAGAGGAUCCCGGAAAGAUUAUGAUGACUGGGCUCGCUUGGGUAAUGCCGGCUGGUCCUACCAGGAUGUAUUACCAUAUUUCUUGCGUAGCGAAGACAAUGCCCAGAUCAAUGACAUGGACUACGGCUAUCACUCCACCGGAGGCCCAUUAACCGUGACGCAUUUCCCUUACCAUCCACCUCUCAGUCGGGCCCUUGUCGACGCCGGCCGAGAGCUGGGGUACAAAGCCGUGGAUUUGAAUGGAAGAAGCCAUACCGGGUUCAUGAUAGCUCAGACGACAUCGAGAAACGGUUCGAGACUGUCAACAUCACGAGCAUUCCUCCGGCCAGCUCGUAAUCGUCGAAAUCUCCACGUUAUGCUAAAUUCAACAGCCACGAGGAUCCUGUUUGACCAGAAUAAACAGGCUGUUGCAGUUGAAUUUGUCCACGACGAUCAACUGCAUCGUGUCAAUGUCCGCAAAGAGGUGGUCGUCAGUGGAGGUGCCGUCAAUUCCCCCCAAAUUCUAUUGAACAGUGGCAUUGGACCGAGAGACGAGCUCUCAGCUGUCGGAGUCCCGGCAGUUCAGCAUUUACCCGGGGUCGGAAAAAAUCUCCACAAUCAUGUUGCUUACGCCUUAGCCUUCACAAUCAACGAUACCGACACAACACCCCUCAAUUGGGCAACAGCAAUGGAGUACUUGUUGUUCAGAGAUGGCCUCAUGUCAGGAACUGGUAUCUCGGAGGUGACUGCAAUGAUAAAUACCAAAUACGCAAAUCCCCAGGAGGACCACCCGGACAUUCAAUUGAUCUUCGGUGGAUAUCUAGCAGACUGCGCUGAAACGGGGAUGGUGGGAGAGAAGAAGGGAGGAAAGAGGAGUAUUUACAUAAUCCCAACACUCCUCCACCCCAAGAGUCGUGGGUACCUCCGUUUAAAAGACAAUAAUCCACUAUCGAAGCCCCUGAUCUUCCCGAAGUAUCUGACUCAUCCGGACGACGUGGGAGGCCUCAUCGAGGGCAUUAAGUUCUCCAUAAGACUCGCGCAAACCCGCACGCUGUCGCGAUAUGCCUUUGAGCUGGACAAAACACCGGUCAAGGGCUGUGAAAACCUGAAAUUCGGGUGUGACGCGUACUGGGAGUGCGCUAUUAAACACGAUACUGCGCCGGAGAAUCAUCAGGCUGGCUCCUGCAAAAUGGGCCCUGAUAGUGAUCCUCUGGCGGUGGUUGAUAAUCAGCUGAGGGUCAGGGGGGUGCGUGGGGUGCGAGUCGCUGACACUAGUAUUAUGCCCAGGGUCACCUCGGGCAACACUAAUGCACCUGCUAUUAUGAUCGGGGAACGGGCUGCUGAUUUCAUCAAGAGAACGUGGAUUGGGUCAUGAGGGAUUGAUGAAUAUUUUUUAUAGAACCAAAUGCCACGAUUGAAAUUACAGGGGAAAUUCCAGUAGCAAAGCAGCAAAAUGGCUCAGCCGAUUUCAACUAUUGGCCAGUU